AUGUUUAAAUCACUGUGCCUACAUUUAAUAGUCGCCCUGUGUUGGCAACAUGUUGCCAGUCGCCAUCUUGUUCAACCCAACUAUCAUGGUUUACAACAACCCUAUUAUCUACCAUAUUCCGAUUAUGGUUAUACCUAUUCGGGCCCCUCACACUAUCAAUCACCCUACCAUCAGCCCUAUCAACAACCCUACCAACAAUCACCUUUAUACUCCCCGCCUGGUACUUAUUUUGAUCAACGUCGUGGUAUUUUAAGACCUUUUCCCGGUGGUGGUGUGCCUGUAUUAGUGGAUUAUCAUAAACGCUGUUCGAAUCAAUAUGUGGGCUUAAAGGCCCAUCCGGAACAGCAUCAGUAUUAUUAUGUUUGUAAACCGGAUUGUGUUAUAUUUGGAAAAUGCCAAAAUUUACAGAACUUCAAUAGCACAAGUGGGCAAUGUGCCCAACAUCCACCACCUGCAUACAUACCCACUUGCUCAGGAGUAGGACGUUUUCCACUAUUCUCUGAUUGUCAUCUAUACUACAAAUGUGAAGAAGAUUUACAGCCUAAAAUCUAUUCCUGUCCCGCAUACAUGGUCUUUUCACCAGCCUCCAAGAAAUGCAUAAGUGGCAACAAGUGUACACCCACACAAAUCUCACCGCGUAGUUCCUAUAUACCCGAAUACUGUGCCAGUAAAUUUCCACCCUGUUAUGAAAAUGGUAUUUUCAGAUCGCCCUCCGACUGUUCCCUGUACUAUAAGUGUGAGUUGCAAAAGAAUGGUGUAUAUAUGCAAACGAGAUUAAGAUGUCCCAAUGGUAAUUUCUAUGAUUUGGAAAAGCAUGAAUGUUUGCCAUCGGAGCAAGUGCCUUGUGACUGCAUACAAGUGGCUGAAUUGGUUUAUCCAAAACCGAACACUAUGCCUUAUCAGCCAGCCAUGUAUCCAGCACAAUAUGAUUUCGAUUCAUUGGAGGAGAAUUCAUAUCCUGUAGAAGAAACGAAUGAGCAGGUAGUGGAUAUAAAUUGCAACAUUAGUGAAGGUAAGAGUUUUAGUGAACCCGAUGAGGAAGUCCUUACAACUGUGAAUCCUUUGAAUUCAGAAACCACUCUAAGUACCGAAAGUGAUGAAAAAAAUGACAGUGAAGCUGUUGUUUUAUCGGAUUAUCUUGAUAUCGAAAAUGAUAACUCUAAAAAUCAAAGCAGCGAAUUAGAGGAAGUGGCCCAAAAUUCCAUUACCACAACUGUUAGUUCAGAAGAAACAACUAGCAUAGAGGGUUCGGGUUCUGAGGCAGAUUCCGAUGAGAUGACUACCCUAAGUCCGGAUGGAGAAAACACAAACAUAUCGGAUGAAGAUAAAAAUGAAAUUGAAGACAUAGAGGCAGAUGUAACUACAGAAAAUGAAGAAGUGGAGUCAGCUACUGUAACAACCCUUGCUAGUGAAGAAAGAACGGACGAACCAGAUGUUUUAACAGAAGAACCAGAAAAUGAAACAUUAAAGCCUAUAAUAGAAGAGGAAAAUGAAGUAAUAACUAGCACUUCUAAAGAGGAGACAACUACCACAUCAACUACAGUUUUUGCAGUAACACAUAUUCCAUCCAGUUCAGCCAAACCAGAACCCUGCGAAAACAUGGUAGAAAGCAAUGAAACCAAUGACAAACCCUUGCCCACAGAUAAACACAGCAAAGACACUUCUCAGACACAAACCAAAACAUGUUUACCCAAACUCGCAACCACUAGUUCCGAUUCUGAAUCCACUAGAACCACACUUGUUUCGGAAUUUACACGAGGCUCUAGGAGUACAUUACAUGAACAAAACUUAACAACCAUUACAACAGUUAUCCCCACUGCCACCACACAAUUACCCACAACCAAAAUUACACCAACCUCUGACAAUUUGGAAACAACUCAGGUUCCGGAAGAAACUCCUUUAGAUUUUGAUAAAGGUAGUGUAGAAAACGAACCAUUUGAAACGAAUCUUUUGGAUUCCGAAACAAAUUUGGAAACUGCCGAAACAACGCAGUCAUCGGAGAAAACUACAGCGGCUACAAGAGAAACAACUCACAGUCCUUUGGCAGAUACUGAAACAUUCCAAGAAGAUAAUAUACUGGAAGAAGAUGAGCAAGAAUCUUCUUUAUUAGAUACAGAUAACGAGCUUACUCAAACUAUGCAACCAGGUCCAUUAGAAUCUUCUGCAGCAGAAGAUGAUGUUUCUGAUAACGAUCUUUUGGACGUUUCAGAUAAUGAAAUAACUUUGACUUCGUUGGAAACAACAACUAAACAGCCACUGGUUGAAAGUACAAUUUCAGCUCAGCCAUCUGAAUUGGAAGAAGAAUCUAGUCCACAAUCGUCAGAAGAAAUCGAUGUUGGAACUACUCCAAUACCUUUACGCAACAAAAAAACAGAGAACACCCCGGAGCCACAGACCACAACACCAGAAAUACCACAAACUACAACUGUAAUAUUGGAUUCAGCAACCACAACUUUGAAGCCAAAUUCCGAUGAAUCUACGGAUAAUCCCACAGACUUUACAAUGGACGAUGAGUUUGAUUUAUUAGAUUCUAAAAUAACAAUAGAUAAUUUUGAAACUGCUACACGAACUGCAGCAGAGAAUUUGAAUAAUGAUUCAUUUGAAAACGAAGAUCUUUUACCAAAUCUAGAGCACAAGUCUAGCAAUGAAAAAUCUGUUACUUUAAGACAUGCCGAUUUCAGUGAUGAAGAAUUUCUACCAGUUAAUAGCAAAUCAACGGUUAUGAGUGGACUACCGGAUGAUACCACUGACAUUAAUCUUAUAACUGACAGUUUUGAAGAGAAUACUACGGAAAUUGAUGAUAAUUUUGAAGAUACUACAGAUAGUGAUGUUAAGGAGAAUCCAGAAACCAGCCAAGAACAAGAAGAAAAGAAAGAUGAUGGCAAAACCACCACUACCUUGAAGAGAAGACAAACUUCUCCAGAUGAUACCACACAACUAACCACAGUCACACCGCCCAUACAAAUAACUUUAACUGCAGAUCCUUCAGCUGCAACCACCGAAUCUACCACUAAUGAAGAUGCAAAUUUGACUGAAGAGGAUGCUUAUGAAGAUUUAUUAGCUGUUUUGGAUUCCGAAGUUAUUCUACACGACCAAAGCGAUGAUGAAGUAAGCAAUAAUGAAAUUACUUCUGCAGAAACAACUAAAACUUCUACCGCCCAGCAACAAUUUCCACAUACGCAUUCCACCACGUUUACACCAACACAAACGCCCACAACUACACCCAAAUAUUUAACAAACACCACAGAAACCACGCCCACUUCCGAACCAUGCGAAAAACACUCAAAUACUUUAGUCCUACAUGUUAGAGAAGAAAAUCAUGAACAGCCAACACAAGAAUCCCCCUCUCCCAAACAAAGUUUAUAUUAUAUUUUAACAAGCAAACCAGUGAUAAAUAAGAAUAAUUCUAUUAGUAAUAAUAAUAAUAAUGAAACAGUUGCAGCUCCGCCCUGUGUGGAACACGAUAAUGGAGAAAUACCACGUUUAGAGAUAAUAGCCGAACGUCCCAUUGAUGUACACUUCUCCGUUUGUCCCUCCACCUGCGAUAAAGAUCACAAACAUAAUUAUUCCCCCACCAGUAAUCGUGCUGUAUUGUUGAGAUGGUUUGCUAAAAAAUCGAAACAAACAAUGGGCUUUGAGACGGUCAAUGAAAUAAAUAUGGAUGAUGCUAAAGAUUGUUGA